AAUAUGGAAGAGGAGUCUCCUGCUGAAGAGCGUCACUAUGAGAUCAGAGAGGAGGGAGGUGCACCGUGUCCCAGCGGUGUGUCUAUAAAGACUACACAAUCAAUGGAGCCACCCAAUACCUUCAGAACUGGAGCUGUGAAUCCUGGAGCCAUUAGGAAAAAUGAAGUUGACAUUAAAACAGUCAAAACCACUUACAAAACCAGCAUGAAGAACAAGUAUGAGCGCUUGUUUGGGGGAAUCAAGCUACAAGAGAAUGAAACCCUCCUGAACAUCAUCUACACACAGCUCUACAUCAUUGAGGGAGAGAGAGAAGGGGUGAAUGAACAACAUGAGGUUUUACAGAUAGAGAACACAACCAGAACACAAGACACUCAAAUCUGCUGCAAUGACAUCUUUAAAGCCUCAUCUAAACCAGGACGUGAUGAGGAAGAGAAAAUAAAGACUGUUCUUACUAAAGGCAUGGCUGGAAUUGGAAAAACUGUCUCUGUGCAGAAGUUCAUUCUGGACUGGGCCGAAGGAAAAGCCAAUCAGGAUGUAGAUUUCAUGUUUGUGCUUCCGUUUCGAGAGCUGAACUUGAUUAAAGAUGAUGAGUACAGUCUUCACAGACUUCUGCUGGACUUUCAUCCUGAACUUAAAGAUCUGGACUCAAAGAUGUAUGAGGAGUGUAAAGUUGUGUUCAUCUUUGAUGGUCUGGAUGAAAGCAGAGUCACACUGAAGUUUUCAGAUGCUCAGAAAGUUUCUGAUAUAAAUGAGUCUUCAUCAGUGGAUGUGCUGAUGUCAAACCUCAUCAGAGGAGAUCUGCUCCCCUCUGCUCUCAUCUGGAUCACCUCCAGACCAGCAGCAGCCAAUCAGAUCCCCUCUGAAUACAUCAACCGUGUGACACAAAUACAGGGAUUCGAUGACCCUCAGAAAGAGGAAUAUUUCAGGAGGAGAAUCAGUGAUGAGCAUCAAGCAAACACGAUCAUUUCACACAUCAAAAGAUCAAGAAGCCUCCACACCAUGUGUCACAUCCCCGUCUUCUGCUGGGUCUCAUCCACUGUGCUUCAAAACAUCCUGAAACAAGAUAUCAAAUCAGAAAUCCCUCAAACUCUGACUGAAAUGUACAUCCACUUCCUGCUGAUUCAGAUCAACAUGAGGAACCAGAAGUAUGAAGAGAGAGAUCCAGAGAAACUCCUGAAGUCCAACAGAGAAGUGAUUUUGAAACUUGCUGAAGUGGCUUACAAUCAGCUGAUGAAGGGCAAUGUGAUGUUCUAUGAGGAGGACCUGAUUGAGAGCGGAUUAGACGUCACUGAAAGAUCAGUGUAUUCUGGGAUUUGCACUCAGAUCUUUAAAGAGGAAUCUGUGAUUCAUCAGAGGAAAGUCUACAGCUUCAUUCAUCUCAGCUUUCAUGAGUUUCUGGCAGCUCUCUAUGUGUUUUACUGCCACAUACACAACAAGAAGGAAGUACUGAAAACAUUUUACACAUGUGAGCAAUUAUCAUUGUACACGCUGCUUAAAGAAGCAGUUGAUAAAUCAUUAAUGACUGGACGCUUGGAUCUUUUCCUCCGCUUCCUGCUGGGCAUCUCACUGGAGUCCAAUCAGAAACUCUUAGAGGAUCUACUGAGUCACACGGAGGACAGCAGUGGGGCCAUAUAUUUAGUCUCAAUGUAUAUUACAGAUAAAAUUACUGGUGAUGAACAACUGUCAGCUGAUAAGUCUAUCAAUCUCUUCCUCUGUCUGCUGGAACUGAAUAAUCAGAAGCUCUACAAAGAGAUUCAGAGCUUUGUGAAUUCAGAUAAACUCUCAUGGACGAAACUCUCUCUCCCUCACUGCUCAGCAAUAGCUUACAUGCUUCAGAUGUCAGAUCAGAUGCUGGACAAACUGAACCUCAAGAAAUUCAACACAUCAGAUGAAGGCAGAAGGAGACUGAUACCAGCUGCGAGUAACUGCAGAAAAGCCCUAUUGUCAGCUUGUAAUCUCACUGAUCAGUGUUGUGAAAGUGUGGCUACAGCACUACAAAUAAAUUCCCCAUUAAAAGAGCUGGACCUGAGUAACAACGACCUGAAAGAUUCAGGAGGGAAGCUGCUCUUUGAUGCACUGAAGAGUACAAAAUGUCAGCUAGAAAUAUUGAGGUUGUCCAUCUGUAAUUUCACUGAUCAGUGUUGUGAAAGUCUGGCUUCAGCUCUUCAAUCAUCAAACUCCUGUCUAAAGGAGCUGGACCUGAGUAACAAUGACUUGAAAGAUUCAGGAGUGAAGCUGAUCGCUGAUGCACUGAAGAGUCCAAACUGUAAACUGGAGAAGCUGAGAUUAUCUGGCUGUAUGGUGACAAAGGAAGGCUGCUCUCAUCUGGCUUCAGCUCUGAGUUUAAACUUCUCCCGUUUGAGAGAGCUGGAUCUGAGCUACAAUCACCCUGAAGAUUCAGUGCUCAUUACUAGAAAGGAUGAUCCAAACUGCAAACUGGAAAAACUUUGUCUGGAUCACGGGGGAGAGAACAGGAUUAAACCAGGAUUACUCAAAUAUUUCUGUGAUCUCACACUGGAUCCAAACACAGUACACAAUCAGCUCUCUCUUUCAGAGAGCAACAAAAAGUUGUUAUAUAAUUCAAAACCCAUGUCACAUCCUGAUCAUCCAGAGAGAUUUGAUGGCCUUAAGCAGGUUCUGUGUAAAGAGCGUCUGUCUGGACGCUGUUACUGGGAGGCUGAAUGGAGCGGGGAGGGUGAUAUGGUCGUGUCUUAUGAAGGAAUCCCCAGGAAAGGAGAAGGUCAUGAAAGCAGGUUUGGAGCCAAUGACAAAUCCUGGAUUCUGAGCUGCUAUGUGCAGAAACUGAUUGUCUGGCAUUAUAAUAUAGGAACACACAUUCCUCCCCCAGCACCUCCCUUAAACAAAUUUGGCGUGUAUCUGGACGAGCCGGCUGGGAUUCUGUCCUUCUACAGCAUCUCUGACACAAACACACUCAGACACUUACACACAUUCAACACCACAUUCAAAGAACCCCUCUGUGCUGGAUUUGUGCUGUAUAACUCUUCAGUGUCUCUCUGUGAUGUUAAACAACAGGGUGAAUAG